AUGGAUGUUGUGAGUUGUAUCGCUGGAAAAAUUGGAGAACUCUUGGUUGAGCCAAUCGGGAGACAGAUUGGCCAUUUUAUUCACUAUACAAGUAACACUGUGAAACUCCAGGAGCAAGUUAAAAUACUUGAAGGAGUGAGGCAUGACGUGCAGGUAUCUGUUGAUGCAGCAAAGAGGAAUGGUGAGGUGAUCAGAAAAGAGGUUCAGAAUUGGACAUCAAUGGUUGAUGGGAUUCUAUCAGAGGCUAACAAACUUCUUGGAAAGGCUUCCAAAGUAAGGUUUCAUAAUUUGGCUUCUCGCUAUCAGCUAAGCAGGAAAGCAGAAGAGAAAACAAUGGAAAUUGAAAAACAGAAAAAUGAAGGCAAGUUUGAUAGAGUUUCCAAUCCUGCACCUCCCCCACCAUUAUUGUUUCCAUCUCAAGAAGAUAUUGUGAUUUUCGAAAGCAGAGAACGACAAGUAGAGGAGAUUAUGGAGGCCUUGAAGAACAACAAAACCAACUUCAUUGGGAUAUACGGAAUGGGAGGGGUGGGUAAAACUACCCUGGUGAAACAAGUUGUUAAAAGGGCUCAACAAGACAGGCUGUUUCCUACUAUUGCAAUGGUUGUGGUGUCACAAACCAUUGAUGUGAAAAUGAUUCAAGACCAGAUAGCAGAGACUUUGGGUUUGAAAUUAGAUAAGGUUAACGAACAACAUCGAGUAAGCCGGUUGCUGGCUAGAUUGAAGGAAGAGAACAAAGUGCUCAUUAUCUUGGAUGAUAUUUGGGCUAGACUCGAUCUUGCAACUGUGGGCAUUCCACUUGGCCAUGAUCAUGGAGGUUGCAAAAUUAUUGUCACAACACGUCGUAAACAAGUGUGUGACACUAUGGUCGACACAAGGAGUGAGACUGCAAAGGUCAUCCCUAUUAAUAUUUUAUCUGAAAAAGAAUCAUGGGUAUUGCUUAAAAAGAAUGCAGGCGCUGAGAUUGAGUCUCUGACUUUGAAUUCUUUUGCAAAAGAUAUUCUCAGAGAAUGUGGAGGCUUGCCUAUAGCUCUUGUAACAGUGGGAAGGGCAAUGAGAGGCAGAGAUCCUGAUGAAUGGCAAGAGGCAGUUAGAGAGCUAAGGAAAUCACAGCCAGAAACCAUUGAAGGGAUGGAUGAAGAUGUGUACAGAUGUCUUCAGUUCAGCUAUACUUACCUGAAAGAUAAGAAAGCCAAGAAAGUUUUCAAGUUAUGUUGUUUAUUUCCUGAGGAUUUUAACAUCCCUAUAGAAGACCUGGUAAGAUAUGGUUUUGGACUGAAAAUAUUUGAAGAUAUGAGAAUGGAGGAUGCAAGACGAAGUGCUCAUUCCAUCAUAAAAAAUCUCAAAGAUUCUUGUUUAUUAUUGGGAAGUGAUGAGGAAGGCUGCGUAAAAAUGCAUGAUGUCGUGCGUGAUGUUGCCUUAUCAAUGGCAUCAGAUUAUUUUGUUAGAGAUGGUGUCAAAAAGUUGGAGGAUUGGCCAGAUAUGGAAGAGAUGAAGCGUUAUACUGGCAUCUCAAUAAUGCAAAAUGAGGUUUCUCAAUUUCCCGAUGCUUGGGAUUGCCCAAAUCUCAAGAUAUUAUUGAUGCAUAUUGAAAAAACUCGUUUGUGGGAGGAGGCGAUUUACAUGCCAGCAACGGUCUUGACAGGGAUGAAAGCCCUUCAAGUUUUUGAUCGGAGAGAUAGUAGUAGGAACAGAUUUUUGGCACAUUUUCUUCGGUCCUUGGAACUAGGAUUUAGUCAAUUAACCAAUCUUCGGACGUUGAUGCUUCAGUAUUAUAAGAUUGUUGACACCACUCCAAUUGGGGAGCUGAAGAAUCUUGAAAUUCUCAGCUUGAAGAAUUGUACAUUCCGACAGCCAUUCAAUACAAUAGGGAAGUUGACUAAUCUAAGGUUACUGGAUGUGGAAUUUUUUUAGCUAAAUAUUUGGUACUAUUAAGUAUUUAAACUUAUCUUUUCCCCUUUGUUAUUUAUUUAUCCGCUCACUGAGUAUGUUGUACUCACUCUUAUUUCUUUUAAUAUUUCAGUUCCUUUUUGGUGAUUCGCUCAGCAGUCCUCAUCUCCUAGUUUAUCCUUCUUUCCACAUCGUCCACUCAGAGUCUAGAGAAGAUCGGACCAAUCUUAGGUCUUUUGUUAUUUCUUUUUAUAAUUUUGUUAGAUCAUAUAUAGAUUGUACAGUCCCAAUGAAGAAGGUUUUGUGUUGUUGUAAAUAUAUUAUGGAUUGACUAG